AUGACGAAGACUCCCCAGGAUUUGCAGAUUGCCAUUCUGGGCGCCGGCAUGGGCGGCUUGACCACCGCUCUUGCCCUGGCCCGGCGCGGUUUUAAGAAUAUCCACGUCUAUGAGCAUGCCACAGACCUCGGUUUCGUGGGUGCCGGUAUCCAAUUGGCGCCGAACAUGGCGCGCGUGCUGGACAAUCUUGGUGUCUGGAAGGGCAUUGAAGCUGAGGCCGUGAACAUUGGGGAUACUUCCGUGCGAGAUGGCGCCACGGACAAGGAGCUGGCGCACGUUGAGCUUCAGUACAUCAAGGAAACCUACGGCUACCCACACAUGGUAGGCCACCGGGCAUCGCUAGCCAACGGCCUGUACCAGGGAUGCCUGAGCCAGCCCAACAUCAAAUUCCACUUUGGCGUUACGGCCGAGAACGUUGAAUUCGGCCAGAAGCCAUCGUUCACGGCCGUGCCCCGUAAUGAGACCGAGAAGCCGUACAAGGUCGAAGCGGAUGUGCUCCUGGGGGCCGACGGAAUCAAGAGCAACACCCGUGUGGCGAUGCUGAAGCUCCUCAACGUCAACGUCGGCGUCAAGGAUACCGAUCAGGCCGCCUACCGAAUCAUGAUUCACAAGGACCAAAUCAAGGACGACCCGGAGCUACUGGCUCUGAUCAACAGCACGCGAGUGACCCGCUGGAUUGGCGAGAAACGGCACAUCAUCGCAUACGCAAUCUCCAACAACACCAUCUACAACUUGUCCACCACGCAGCCGGACACCAACUUCGCCGCUGCCACAAAUGCCACCUACACGACCAAGGGCUCCAAGCCUGCCAUGAUGGGGGUCUUCUCCGACUUCUGCCCCAUGGUCCAGCGCAUGCUCAACUACGUCCCCGAUGGCGAGGUCUGCGAGUGGAAGCUGCGCGUCCACGACCCGCUCCCCACAUGGGUGCACGAGUCUGUUGCUCUGGUCGGCGACGCCUGCCACCCUACGCUUCCCCAUCUGGCCCAGGGUGCCGCCCAGGCUAUUGAGGACGGGGCUGUUCUGGGCGUUGUUCUCGCCCGACUCCGCGACACAAGACCCGAGUCGAUUAACAAGGCUCUCCGCGUCUACGAGAAGGUUCGCAAGAGCCGCGCCGAGGCCCUGGUUGACAUGGCCUAUGCCUCUGGCCGUGCUCUGCACCUGGGCGACGGUGCUGCGAAGGAGGAGCGUGAUCGCCAGUUCGCCGCUCUGCGCCAGGGCAAGGGCCCUGUCCCCGAUAAGUGGGCCGAUGCCGAUGUCCAGCGUGAGAUCUACGGCUUUGACUGCACCAAGGUCGCGGAGGACAACUUUGAUGAAUACUUUUCGCAGAUGUAA